AUGAAAACGCUCGUUCGCCGAGCGACCCUCAUGGCUCUGCGCAACAGCCAAUGCACAUCCUUCUCAUUGCAGCAUUCUAUCGUCUCUGGUAUUUCAGUAUCGCAGCCGCGCUUUCUGUCGAAUAAAAGCGGAGAUGACUCGCACUCAGAUUUCAAGCCACAGUAUCAUGCCGCUAAGUCCUCAGAGACAGACGAGAUUCUCAAGAUGAUUGAUGAUCACGUUAAAACGUACCCUAUCAUGCUAUACAUGAAGGGUACACCGUCGGCUCCUCAAUGUGGUUUCAGUAUGCAGGUAGUACGUGCUUUGCACGCUCAGGGCGUGAGUUUUGACAGCGUGAAUGUACUGGACCACCCAGAGAUCCGUGAAGGUGUUAAGAAAUACUCGCAAUGGCCAACGAUCCCGCAGCUAUACGUUAAUGGUGAGUUUGUAGGCGGCUGUGACAUUAUCAUGGACAUGAGCAAGUCUGGCGAGCUAUCUGAGCUGCUGGCGAACUUUAAGAAAAAAGAGGCAUAG